UUAGACUGACAGAGAGUGAGAGAGACUUGGUUCCACUUCGCUGCUGGGAGAUUGCUGGCCCAAAAUAGCUCCUGGCAUUAAUUUAUUUUUGCAGGCGAGAGUCGGUGCGAAGGAGUGAAGCUGCUUGUGGCGUUUACCUCCCCCCUCCCUUUACGCGAUGUUGAUUUGGAGACAUAUACUGGUCGCCUGCCUGGCGCUGGUCGCUGUCAGAGCGAACGAGGCUGACGAGUUUGAUCUUAGUGACGCCCUUGAUGAUGAUUCCGAUGUUCCAACAGAGGCUGACGAGUUUGAUCUUAGUGACGCCCUUGAUGAUGAUUCCAAUCUGCCAACAGAGGCUGACGAGUUUGAUCUUAGUGACGCCCUUGAUGAUGAUUCCGAUGUUCCAACAGACGAUGGAGAGGGUUUUGACCUUGGUGACGCUCUGAGAGAUGACCAUGUUGCAUCCAGGGAUGAUAGUGUUGAAUUUGAUCUUAACGACGCUGUACAAGAUGAUGCCACCCAAGCCCGAGACCCUGACGGAUUUGAUCUUGGGGACGCGCUCAAUGACCAUUCUGUUAAGAAAACAGGUGGAGAUUUUGACGACUCAGACCUUCUGCAUGUGGUGAAUGGUGACUAUAAACCUGAUAAGACCGGCUCGAAAGGUCAGGAACCUGCUGGCACGAGUGAUCAGAUCAGCGACUUUCUGAUGACCCUACUAGGAGGCACAUCAGAGCAUUUUCAGAAGAUUUGCUUCAAGUUGAUGGAAAUGUUGAAAGAUCUGUAUAACACGCCAGAGGAGCAGUGAGAAGAUAUUCAGGCAUUCAUCCACCCAAAUCUUCAAUCAACGCACCUGUUGGAAGGAACAAACUGUUCAUCGGAGACAGGAUACACAUGGCUGUGGUCUAACGUCAGAUUUCUUGGGUUCAGCUUCAGUUUUCCGAUAUGUUCACUGUAAUUCAGAUGUGAUUUUGUUUGGUUUUUUUUUUUCAUCUUUGCUGGUUUUGGACACCUGGCUUAUUUAUGAUGGGGUGUAAUUUUGUGUUUCUUGACGUCUAUUUAAAACGUCAACUCGUGGUUUAAUUGCCAGAACUUUUGCUUCGGUGCACUACUGAAUUGAGAUUUCACUGGUACUGUCCUCCUGAGACAAGUGUAAAUAUCGAUGAGUUCUUGGAAAUCCUUCGUCAAUGUUAAAUUUGUAGCACAAGGAGUGCGAUACAUCUUGGUUGAACAUUA